AUGUCUGAGGUCCAGGGAACGGUCGAGUUUUCUGUGGAGCUACACAAAUUCCAUAAUGUGGAUCUCUUCCAGAGAGGGUAUUACCAGAUAAGAGUCGGACUGAAAAUCCCGUCCAGGAUUCCCCACAGACUGUUUGUGACGAUUGCGGGACAGACAGGUGAUUCCAGCCUUUGCUCAGCCUGUGUUCACGAAAGCAACGUUUACAGCAGAAUAUUUCAGAUCUUGUACAGGAACGAGGAGAUCAUUCUUAAUGAAUCAAUGAACUUCAGAGUGCACCUGCUUCUGGAUGGUGAAAGGGUGGAAGACGCGUUGAGCGAGGCAGAUUUUCAGCUCAAGUUGGACCUGCACUUUACUGAUAACGAACAACAGCUGAGAGAUGUUCCAGUGAUCCCCAUGAUUAGCAGCCGUACACUGUGUCUUCACUUCCAUCCCCGGAGAGGCCUGCACCACCAUGUUCCUGUCAUGUUUGACUAUUUCCACCUGUCAGUGAUAUCCGUCACGGUACAUGCGUCACUGGUAGCAUUACACCAGCCUCUGAUCAGUUUUGCUCGUCCAGGGAAAGGAUCAUGGCUUGGUAAAGGCAACCUGGAGACAGGACCAGACCAGUCCAGUAUGUCAUUAGAGAAUCUAGUCUUUGGAGCUGGCUACUGCAAACCCACUUCUUCAGAGGGUAGCUUUUAUGUUCCUUCUGAAAACUGCAUGCAGCAUGCAUACAAAUGGCAUAAGGACCUGUGUCUUCUGCUCUUGAAUGCUCAUAGAGGGCUUCAUACGUACUGCACCCUCAUAAUGAAGGAGAUUCCUGAUUUACCACAGCUGAAGUUGGAGGAGCUAUCCGUGGAAGAGACGUUAUCUCAACUUUGUACGGAGCUUCAGCUACUGAGCAAUCCAGAGAAGAUAGCAGAACAGAUAAGCAAGGACCUUGCCUGGCUUUGCUCCCACCUCUUGGCCCUGUGGACCCAGUUCCUGGAAGUGGCAACGCUCCAUCCGGAAGUCACAGCUUAUCUGACUCAGGAACAUCACAUGCUAAGGGUAAGAAGAUUCUCAGAAGCCUUCUUCUACACUGAGCACCAGAAACUCGCUGUGCUCACAUUUCAGGAAGGCCUGAUCCAAAGUCAUGGGCAGAUUUCUACAGAAAUUCGGAGUUCGGAGUACUUCACCAGCAUGCCCCCUCUGCCAGCAGAAUGCCUCGACAUAGACGGGGACUGGAACACACUCCCAGUUAUAUUUGAAGACAGGUACAUGGAUUUGCCCUGCAAAGAUCAGAAUUUGGAUGUUUUCCCAGAUUUUGAGGUUCCUGCGAGUACCCAAAUGGAUGCAAUAGGCAACAAGGAAGAUUUUACAUCACAUGAUGCCACUGCAAUACUGAAAGGAGACUUUGGGAAAGGUACCCUGCUAAUUCACACAGAUAGAAUAAAUGGGAAUCCCUCCUGCAUAUACAGUGGUACUGAAGGUGCUGCUUAUGCAGCUAAAGGUUUAAACCAGCACUCCACAUCUCAGGUAUGUACAGUGAACAAAGAAGGCCAAAGGAAACCUGAAAAUAUUUUUCUUUCAAGUAAAGAAACUGCUUCUAAUGCAGAACCAGGCAAUACAGAAUGCACAUCAGAGGACUUUAAAACAUCUGAGGAUGUGUCAUUAAAAGACAAUAGACUUGCACCAGAUGUUACCUAUGGAGAUAUGAAACCUAGCAAUAAGGAUUCCCGCAAAAGUGAACCCGUGUUAAUUGUUAGUGCUCAGGAUGACUGCGGAGCAUGUGGAACUGAUGGCUUGGAAGACGGGACUGAAUUACAUAAAACAGCUGAAUCUAGUCAUCCCGCAAAUAAUUUCACUUCAUCCGAACUUGCACUAAACGAACUAACCAGUCUUGAAAAACCAGUAGAUCCAGACGCCAAGGCUCUAUUACCUGUUUUGAAAGCUUUGCCCACCCACAGCUUUGAAGUGAAAUUGUUGGCAAAGGAACAACGAGCUGAAGACUGUGACGAAUUUACCCUGAUGUCAGGUGUUAUAAAGAGAUCCUCAUCAAUAAUAUCUGAUUCGGGCAUUGAAAGCGAACCAAGCUCGGUAGCGUGGUCUGAUGCACGUAGCCGGGCUCUGGAGCUGCCCAGCGAUCGAGAGAUCCUGUACCACUUGGUACGGAGACAUGCCAUUCACCGAAAUUCCCUGGAGGGCGGCCACACAGAAAGCAAUACUAGCUUGCCCAGUGGGAUCCAAGCAUCACUCACGUCCAUUAGCUCUUUGCCCUUUGAGGAAGAGGAGAGGGAGGUAGAGCUCACCAAACUGACCAAAUCUGUUUCAGCUCCUCAGAUCAGUAGCCCAGAAGAGCCUGUGGAGGAGAUGGAUAUAUCCAAACACAGUGAAGCACCCCCAGGAGCUUCAGGAGGAAACUUAAAAAGUUACAUGGAAACUGAGAGUGGAGACAGACCAUUAAUUGUGAACUUUUCUGGAUGUCAGAUUGCCACUGAAAGUGGUCGACUAGAACCAGAAGGACAUCCCAAACCCUCUGCCAAACACGAUAGCAGUAACACUGAGUUACAAGGGGAAGAGGAGAAGGAAGGUUUUUCAGAGAGGUACUGUAGUUUGGAAAGAGCAAAAACACCUGUAACUCAAAAGCAGCUCAGAGAUAAUGUCUGUGAAUGCCAACCAGUAGAGAGCAAUGAUGAGUGCAGCUUAACACCAAGUGCUUGUAGUUACUUGGACGUGAAUAUAGAUAAGCUUGAUAUAUGCAUUGAGGAUCCAAAGGAUAAACCUAAGCCAGACAGUUUAAAAAUACAGCAAGACUUUUAUUCCGGUAUUAGAAUAUCAGGAGAGGAGAAUUUCUCACACGGCAUGAAGCUGGUGCCGGAUUUUUGCUAUCCUGUUCCAGCUCCCUUGGAGACCUCCACUGAGUUUGGCUCAAUGCGUGGAGAGCGUGGUCACUCUGCUGCUGAUGAAAGCCUGGCAGUAUGUACAGAAAUGCAGGGCUUACAAGAAAUUGAGCUCAACGAUUCACCCGCCUCAGCGCAGCCUGCUGCGGAAUCCUUCCAAGCUGAACUUCCUCAGGAACCCGACAACCGAGAGCAUAAACUUGUAGCUAAUGGCACUGGGUUUCAUUCGGUGACGUCGGAAGGGGUAGCGCUGGAAAGCAGAAAGGCUGUUGAUGUGGUUAACCUGUCUGUCUCUUGCACUGCCACGUGUCUUCCCUUUUCUUCCGUGCUCAAGGAGACCCCCGCUAUGGUCGGCUUCUCUUCAAAGCAGGCGGCGUUUCCCAUUACGCGCCAGCCUCUAGGCUCUUUUGGAGUUGUCUCUUCUAGUUCCAACGAGAUGGAUGAAGAGGCCAAUGAAAGGAUGCUGAAUUUUUAUCAGGCCAAAGAAAAAUUUAAAAAAGAAAUGAAGAUUGAAGGAUUUCUGUACAGUGACUUAUCUGUACUAGCUUCUGAUAUCCCGUAUUUUCCACCAGAGGAAGAGGAAGAAAAUUUGGAAGAUGGAAUUCACCUGGUUGUCUGUGUCCAUGGAUUGGAUGGUAACAGUGCAGAUCUGCGGCUGGUAAAGACGUUUAUAGAACUGGGACUCCCCGGUGGAAAACUGGACUUCCUAAUGUCCGAAAGAAAUCAGACUGAUACAUUUGCUGAUUUUGAUACAAUGACAGACCGAUUAUUGGAUGAAAUUAUUCAGCAUAUCCAGUUGUACAACCUCUCCAUAUCCCGGAUAAGUUUUAUUGGACAUUCCCUUGGUAACGUCAUCAUUCGAUCUGUACUAACUCGCCCCAGGUUUCGCUAUUACCUCAGCAAAUUACACACCUUCCUGUCCCUCUCUGGGCCUCAUCUGGGAACCCUUUACAACAACAGUACUUUGGUUAGUACAGGCCUAUGGCUCAUGCAGAAGCUGAAAAAAUCAGGGUCACUUUUGCAACUGACUUUCAGGGACAAUGCGGAUCUGCGCAAAUGUUUCCUCUAUCAGCUCAGCCAAAAAACAGGUCUUCAGUACUUUAAAAAUGUUGUGUUAGUGGCCUCACCUCAAGACAGAUAUGUACCCUUUCAUUCAGCAAGAAUAGAAAUGUGCAAAAAUGCACUUAAAGACAGACACACAGGUCCUGUCUAUGCAGAGAUGAUUAACAACCUGCUCCAGCCUUUGAUUGGGGCGAAGGACUGCACUUUAAUACGACACAACGUGUUCCACGCUCUGCCAAACACCGCCAACACGCUGAUAGGCCGGGCUGCCCACAUUGCAGUGUUGGACUCCGAACUUUUUCUGGAGAAAUUUUUCCUCGUGGCAGGACUCAACUACUUCAAAUAGUGCCUGACGUACUGGGUAACAGAGGCAAAACAUUUUGUUGAGCGGAGUAGAAUCCCUUAGCCCAAAAAGUGCGGUAUCAGAAACGAGAUCAGGUGGGACUUUCAAACUCUCUCCAUUUUCAUUUCUGUUUCAGCAAAUAAAGUGCUAUGACUUUGAGGUAUUCAAGCUUCCAAGUACUGGUGCUUUUGGAAGAAAUAAAUAUCCCUCUUCAGUUUCUAUGCUCUUUGUCCGCAUAAAGACCUAAGUCACCUCUGAAACAGAGAAUCAGAAUAAGAAGGCUAGUUCUCUAAAUGUGAUUGGACCAAUAGGAUUUCCAUUUCUCUCAAUUAUUGACCCAGGAACUUGGCUGUCCUUGAUUUAAUGUUUAUUUAUGUAUUAACAAAGCUAUACAUUCGUAGCACUUUGGGGGUGGUUAACACAAGAGGAAGUAAGUAUAUAUGAACUCAGGUUAAAACCUCCUUUGCGAUGAACUGAAAAGUCUGAAAAACAUUUGUGAAACUGUUCCAUGUAUUGAAAAAAAAAAAAAAUACUCAGAUGGUUCUGUUAUUGGUAAUCAUUUGUUACAUGUAUACAUUGAAAGUGCGGAA